GCAGUAGGGUGGCUCCACGGACUGGCUAGAUCCCGUCACGUGAUCGGCCCUCCCACUGUGCCAACAUGGCGGCGCCCAUCUCCUAAUCCGGGAAACGUGCACCGAGACGAAUUUGGUUCUCCGUGCAGCCAGGGAAGGCCUGGUGACGGAAGCCCUUGCAUGUGCCGCGCGAGGACCGUUCUGUGGCUAAGUCUGACUCUUCGCUCCGUCCGUACAGCCCGCGGAGCCGGCUUUAUGGAGGGGCCGCCCCAGAGGUCGCCUGAUCCGGCCGCGAUGGAGAACGGCACCCGGCCCCGCGGAGAAGAGUGCUCACCUGCCGCCCAGAAGAUCAUGAUCACUGAGGGGGCAGCCAAGAUCGCUUUCCCCAGCGCCAACGAAGUCUUCUACAAUCCCGUGCAGGAGUUCAACCGGGACCUGACAUGUGCUGUGAUCACCGAGUUCGCUCGCAUUCAGCUCGCGGCCAAAGGAAUCCAGAUCAAAGUGCCCGGGGAGAAGGACUUGCAAAAGGUGGUCGUGAACCUGUCGGAGCCAGAAGAGGACAAGGGUGAUGGCAAGGAGGAGGACGCCACCCUGGCCUCAGGAGACCGACCUCCCACAGUGGCUGCCGUUGAGGAGAUCUGCCAGGAAGGUCUGCGGGUGCUGGAGGGCCUAGCGGCCUCGGGCCUCCGCUCCAUCCGCUUUGCCCGAGAGGUGCCUGGGCUGCGGUCAGUGGUGGCCAACGAUGCCUCGGCUCGCGCCGUGGAGCUCAUCCGCCACAACGUGGAACUCAAUGGCGUGGCCCACCUGGUGCAGCCCAGCCAGGCAGAUGCCCGGUUGCUGAUGUACCAGCACCAGAAGGUGUCAGAGCGGUUUGACGUCAUCGACCUGGACCCAUAUGGCAGUCCGGCCCCAUUCCUGGACGCGGCGGUUCAGGCCGUGAGUGAAGGAGGGCUGCUGUGUGUCACUUGCACGGACAUGGCGGUGCUGGCGGGGAACAGCGGGGAGACGUGUUAUAGCAAGUACGGGGCCAUGGCCCUCAAGAGCCGCGCCUGCCACGAAAUGGCACUGAGGAUUGUCCUGCACAGCCUGGACCUCCGUGCCAACUGCUACCAGCGCUUUGUGAUGCCGUUGCUAAGCGUCAGCGCCGACUUCUAUGUGCGCGUCUUCGUGCGCGUCUUCACUGGCCAGGCCAAGGUCAAGGCCUCGGCCAGCAAGCAGGCGCUGCUCUUCCAGUGCGUGGGCUGUGGGGCCUUUCACCUGCAACGAAUGGGCAAGGCGGCCGGAGCCACAGGCGGCCGAGUCAAGUUCUCUGCGGCCUGCGGGCCCCCCGUGGGGCCUGAGUGUGAGCACUGCGGGCAGAGACACCAGCUUGGCGGCCCGCUGUGGGCGGAGCCCAUCCAUGACCUGGACUUCGUGGGCCGCGUCCUGGACGCCGUGAGCAACAACCCUGGCCGCUUCCACACCUCAGAGAGGAUCCGUGGUGUCCUGAGCGUCGUCACCGAGGAGCUCCCGGAUGUACCGCUUUAUUACACGCUGGACCAGCUGAGCUCCACCAUCCACUGCAGCACACCCAGUCUCCUGCAGCUGCGGUCCGCCCUCCUCCACGCUGGCUUCCGGGUGUCACUGUCGCACGCUUGUAAGAAUGCUGUGAAGACGGACGCCCCCCCCUCGGCCCUCUGGGAUAUCAUGCGCUGCUGGGAAAAGGAGUGUCCCGUGAAACGAGAGAGACUCUCCGAGAGCAGUCCGGCCUUCCGCAUCCUCGGGGUGCAGCCCACACUUCAGGCCAACUUCACCAUCCGGGAAGAUGCCAACCCCAGCUCCCGCCAGCGAGGGCUCAAACGCUUCCAGGCCAAUCCUGAGGCCAACUGGGGGCCCCGUUCCCGCGCCCGUCCAGGGGGCAAGGUGGCCAGAGAGGCCAUGGAAGAGAGGCGCCGGCUUCGGCAGAACAAGCGCAAGGAGCCAGUGGAGGAGCGGGCGCAGCGGGCUGCCCGCCUCAAGACCUUCCCCUGCAAGAGGUUCAAGGAGGGCACCUGUCCACGAGGAGAGCACUGCUGCUACUCCCACAGUCCCCCAACACCCCAGGCUGCCGCAGAAGCCACCCCCACGGACUGCCAGGAGACUCCCAAGGAGAGCCCCUCUGGGCCUGGCGCCCCCGCGGGGCGAGGUGUGGAUUGAGCAAUAAAGAGAUC